CUGGGCUUUCUAUUCUGUUCCGGGGACCCAGUACCAGAAAAUUUAAAUCCCUGAGGCGUUAAAUACGUUUUCAUAUCUGAUAGGGCCAGUUUCUACGCAUUGCACUUUUUUUUCCCCUUUCAGGAACGUGCACAGGCGGGCGGCAGGGGGCGGGGUCGCGCCUCCUCUGCCGCUCUGGUUCCAGCUGAACCUCACAUACUCCGAGAUGGAAAUACCGAGGCUGCUCUCGGCUCGCGGGACACUACAGGGCAGCUGUGGCGGUAGCCCCGCGGGCGGUGGCCAAAUAGACCAAGGGUCUGCCCCGCCGGCUGGCCAGGCACCCUUGCGCCGCCUCCUGCUGCUCCGGGCCCCCCAAGAUGGCGGGCCCUGUCUGCGGCGGGAGGAGGCCCGCCUUGCCUCACUGGGCGCUGGCCCGAGCCUGUUGGCGCUGAGGCCGGAUCACGCUAGCGGCGGCGGCGAUGACUUCUUCCUGGUACUGCUUGACCCGGUGGGUGGCGAUGUGGAGACCGCGAGCGCGGGUCAGGCAGCAGGGCUGGUGUGGAGGGAUAAGGCCCAGGCGGGCCUAGGGCCCCCAGGGAACGAGAGCAGCGCGAACCCCGCGAGCUGCCUGGCGCUGGGCCCCAGAUGCCUGUCCGCGGUUCCCACUCCGUCCUUGAUCUCCACCCCAGGCCCUGACCCCACCGCGGCCUUCGCAGGCACCGUCACUAUCCACAACCAAGACCUGCUGUUGUGCUUUGAGAAUGGCAUCCUCACCCUGACCACACCCCCGCCACCCGCCUGGGAGCUGGGGGUCGGGCCUGUCCCACAGCCCGCGGGUUUAAUCGCUCCUCAAGCUGGGUUGCCCCCGCACACCGUGCAGCUGGACAACUGCACAGAGCUGUCGCCCGAACUGCUGGCCAUGCCGGCUGAACCUGCGCCCGCUCCAGCGCCCAAAGAGGAGGUGGAGGGCACCCUGGGCCCCCAGGGGUCACUGAGCCCAGGCCCAGGCAUGGUUCUUUACCUCUGUCCCGAGGCGCAGUGCGGACAAACCUUCCCCAAGAAGCACCAGCUGAAAGUGCACCUGCUGACACACAGCAGCAGCCAGGGCCAGAGACCCUUCAAGUGCCCACUGGGUGGCUGCGGCUGGACCUUCACCACCUCUUACAAGCUCAAGAGGCACCUGCAGUCGCAUGACAAACUGCGGCCUUUUGGCUGCCCAGUGGACGGCUGCGGCAAGAGCUUCACCACCGUGUACAACCUCAAAGCACACAUGAAGGGCCACGAGCAGGAGAACUCCUUCAAAUGCGAGGUAUGUGAGGAGAACUUCCCCACACAGGCAAAACUCAGCACCCAUCAGCGCAGCCACUUUGAGCCUGAGAGGCCUUACCAGUGUGCAUUUUCUGGCUGUAAGAAGACAUUUAUCACAGUGAGUGCCCUGUUUUCCCAUAACCGUGCCCAUUUCAGGGAACAGGAAUUCUUUUCCUGCUCGUUUCCUGGUUGCAGCAAACAAUAUGACAAGGCUUGUAGGCUGAAAAUUCACCUGCGAAGCCACACUGGUGAGAGGCCAUUCCUUUGUGACUUUGAUGGCUGUGGAUGGAACUUCACCAGCAUGUCCAAACUUUUAAGGCACAAAAGGAAGCACGAUGAUGACCGGAGGUUCACGUGCCCUGUGGAAGGCUGUGGGAAAUCUUUCACCAGGGCUGAGCAUCUGAAAGGCCACAGCAUAACACACCUGGGUACAAAGCCUUUUGUGUGCCCUGUGGAAGGUUGUUGUGCCAGGUUCUCUGCUCGCAGUAGUCUCUACAUCCACUCCAAGAAACACCUGCAGAAUGUGGACACUUGGAAGAGCCGUUGCCCCAUCUCCACCUGUAAUAAGCUCUUCACAUCCAAGCACAGCAUGAAGACCCACAUAACCAAAAGGCACAACAUCAGCCAGGAUCUCUUAGCUCAGCUAGCAGCAGGAAAUUCUCUUACACCCAGCAGUGAACUUACUGUCCAGGGGCAGCAUGAUCUCAGUGAUGCAGACAUAGUGUCUCUCUUCUCUGAAGUGCCUGACAGUAGUUCUGCUGCAGUGCUGGACGCAGCAUUGGUGAACUCUGGCAUCUUGACCAUUGAUGUGGCAUCUGUGAGCUCAACUUUGUCAGGGAACCUCCCUGCUGAUAAUGCUAAUUCUUUAGGGCAGGCCAUGGACCCUCAGGCUUUGAUGGCCACCAGUGACCUUCCUCAAAGUCUGGAUACCUCUCUCUUUUUUGGAACAUCAGCCACUGGUUUUCAGCAGAGCCCUUUAUAUAUGGAUGAUGUCUCAAGUGUAAGUGUGGGGCCAUUGAGAUCCGUGAGCUCUUCGGUUAUGAAAAAUUCUAGUCCAGAGCCCCAAGCUUUGACACCCAGCAAUAAGCUAACAGUGGACACAGAUGCUCUGACUCCUUCAAGCACCCUUUGUGAAAACAGUGUCUCAGAACUACUGACACCAACCAAAGUGGAAUGGAAUGUACAGCCUGAGUCUGACUUCUUUGGACAGGAGGAAGAACCCCAGUUUGCAUUCUCCAAUCCAGUAGGGACCCAUGGUUCUCAAAAAGAAACAGAUCUUAACACAGUGACUGGAAGCUCAUUUUUGGUAUGAACCAACUUUAUUCAUCCCUUACCAGGUGGCUUACUUUGUUAUAGUCAAUUUUGAGGAUUUUCUGGAGUAAAUGUUUAAAUAUAGUCAUUUAUUACUGGUUUUAAAAAAGAGCACAACCCUGGAUUACAAGUUUGGAGAUUUAAAUUCUGAUCAUGAGUCUGGAACUGACCAGUCGUGUGACCCUCAGCAAGUCACUUAACCUAUCUGAGCCUUAAUUUCCUUACAUAUAAAAUGAGAUGGCUUAAAUAGAU